CCUGAUCGGGCGCUGAAUUUCAUUAGCUUGGGAACCACCGAGAAAGGAGCAUAUAAGGCAAGUAACUUUCUCAGCAGAUUAACGACCCAAGAUGAAGAAUUCGCAAAGUCUGCCAAUGUUGACCAUGGAUAUAUAUAUUAAACCAGGGUAAAAACGCUAAAUCCUGCUUCAUCAUGGAUCUCACACGCCGUAUUCAGGGAACGGCCCGCUUCGGAUGCUUUACAGACAAUGCGAACCGCAAUGCUGAUAUAGUCUGUUUGUUGUGCGUAAGCUACAACUUCACUGACGAUCCGCAAAUGGUUCGUAAGGGAAAUAAUAAAGACCUGGAAAAUAUAAAAAGCUCCUUUCACGAUGACCGGCACUGCCACUAUCAACACUUGCAGUCACCAAAAAAAGAAAAGCUUCUACAUUUGCUAUCAGAAAAAGAUCGGCUAAUGAGAUUCUUUCAGACAAAUGACGUUCCUUCAGUCUUUGUGCUCAUUGUUUUGUCACAUGGAGAUGAGAACGGCGUCAUAUAUACUGAUUAUCAGUUGGAAAAUGGAUUGUAUGAUACUUUCACAACGUACCAAAUCGUUGACUCAAUGAAGAAAUUGCAGAGCUGGGAAAAAUGUUUAAAUCUCCUCAUUUUUGCGCCUUGCCGCGGGACUUUGAAAGACGUCAUAGUAUCGGCAGGGAGUCCUCAACCAGCUCCCUUUCCAAACAAAAACUCUUGCAAGAUAACAAAUUUUCCUGGGGCUGACAAUUUCAUCAUAGUCUAUUCCACCGUAGAAGCAACUCGAGCAAACAGAGACAGAUAUGGAGGAACUUGGUUAGUAAGCAAAAUUUGCGAAACUCUGGACGAUCUGACCGAGAGCACUACAAUAGAGAACUUUUUCUCCAUGGUGCAUUUUAAUAUUAACGAGAUUUCUACAAGUCAUGGCCAGACUUUAGAAAUAGUACAAACAGCGCACCCAAAAUUUAAAAUUUACAAGAACAUAUCAAACCAGGGUACAGGCGAUGUUGAUGCAGUAGCAAAGGACACUUUCUACAUGGACACGGCGGACAGUAUGAAAAGGACAUACUAUUUAUGGAAGUCCCAAUCUGGCGAGCAGUUGAGAAGAAAACGCGGUGUUAUUUGUGGCGACUGUAAGCACGCUGGAGACAUUGAAAAAGCAUUGAGAGAAAAUCUUGAUUUUGAAACUGAUACACUCUCGGCUACAGAUUUCAGUUUGGAAAAACUAAGAAGACUGGUUCAAGGAGGCCAAUGCACAAUGGGAUGUUUUCUUGUUUGCUGUUUUGCAAGUGCAAUAGAAGAGAAUAAAGCAGACAAAGAACUUUGUGUCCAAAUAGGAGCCAACAGAAUAAAGAUCAGUGAUUUUGUCUACCUGUUUGUUGGGCCGCACAACAUGGAGUGGAUCGGGCGGCCAAAAAUAUUUUUCUUUGUGCGCACUCCCACUGCUACUGAUGCAUACAAUUCAAUGAGUACCGAGUUUACGAUCAAAGCAACAAAUCAAGCUGGCAUUUUCAUUUGUGUUCUGAACCACGAAAACGCUGCGGAAAAAAUGGAGAACUUUUUGAAAAACCCUUUGCUGAGAGAUGGUUCAACACUUCAAGAACUAGCAGGCGAUCUUUUGCAAGAGUGUCAAGACAAUGAAAGCACGCCCAAGUCUCUUAUAGUAAGCACAUUAUCUUACCAGCUGGAUUUUCCAGUUUGGUCACCAAAUUUCGUCCCGCCAAAAUUUAUGGUAACAAGAUUUUCCAAUGAAAAAGCCAUCGAGGAUGAAAAUGCACCGGAUGCAUUAAAAGAACAUUACUCUUACGAUGAACUUAGAUGGGAUUAUCAAAAACAAUAUAUUGAUAACGAUUCAAAUGAAUACUGCGUUUGGGUGAUUUCAUCAAAGUCUGGCUCUGGGAAAACUACCACUUUAAAGGAGCUCCAAUGUUUCACAAAUAGAUAUCAGCGGAUUAAGAAGACUGCCUUUGUGCCUCUUUUACGCAAUUUUCAGAACUUGCAAAAAAGCAAGCCAUUCGAUGCAAUGGAAUUUUUGCAGCGCACACAAGCUUUAGCCACUAACGAUGAUGGCUCCUUGAUUCAUGAGAGAAAGGUUGUUAUCUUCUUGGAUGGAAUAGACGAAGUUUGUCCGGAACUAAAGAAAGAAAUAAUGGGGAUCGUGAGAAUAUUUGCUCAGAUGAAGUUGCCACUUCUUAUAACGUCAAGACCACACGAAGAAAAAGAAAUUUUGGAAGCUCUUAAAGGAGUUACCGUGAAGAUCAUUGAGAUAGAACCAUUUGAACAAGAGAGGCAAAUUCAGCUCCUUCGUCAAAUAACAUCCAAAUCUGAAAUGGAAUGCAGUCAGAUUUUGUAUAAACUUCGACAAUUAGGCGCAACAGAUAUUCUGAAAAACCCCUUUCACCUCACAUUAAUAUUAAAUUUUGGCACUCAAAAUAAUAUUCAUGAGGGUAGCCUCUUUUCUGUAUUUGAAGUUGUUCUGGAAGAAACAAUACGUGAAACGCUUAUGAAAAAAGAGCCAUAUGAUAGAAAUCACUAUAAAUUUGGAGUAGAAGUGGUUUCAAGAAUGGAAUUGCUUCAAAAGGUCGCAAAAAUGCACCAAUGUGAUACAAUUUGCGUAACGAAGUUGUCUGACAAUGAUAUCAUAAAAAUCAACAACACAGGAGUAGCCACAGUGCAGAAUGACAAAAAGACCGUAAUAUUUUAUCACCAAUCAUACGCAGAGUUUCUGCUUGCUGGUAUGUUCAUUAGGGAAAUCCGCGAUCAAGGAUCAUCUCAAAUACCAAUUUUUCAGAAAAAAAACUUCAGACAGUGCCGUCUAUUUGUGGACAGCUUUUUAUCUGAGGAAAGCAGAGUUGAUAAAAACUUGGCUCAAUCACUCAUGAAUUACUUCAAAAACGACACCAUUCAAACGACUUUGAAGCUAGUUGUAACUGAAGGUCUCAGGAACGUUUUUUUGCAACUUCGAACAAAAGUGAAAUUCACUAGCAGUAUAACUGAUGAGGAUAGUCAUUUCUGCUUACCCAUAUCCAAAGGGCGCGAACUUCUGGCAGAAGCUUGCAAAACCGACGAAGUGAUUGCAAUUGAACUUCUGAAAAUGGGCAUACUUGAAACAAUUGAAAAAAAUGUGAAGAAUCAGUAUGUUAGUUGUCUAAUUGACAACGUCGCUACGACCAAUUCCGAGAAAGUUUUUGAUGCAUUAAAAAACAAUUUCUUCGAAAUUCGAGAAAUUUUAAAGUCAAGCAAGGAUUUACAAGCACUAUCAAUUGCAGCCAGCCAUGGUAAUCUUGGAAUGGUUAAACGGCUCAUAGAAAAUGGCGUUGACACCGAAAUAGUAGACACGAAAAAUAAAUGGACGGCUCUGCUCGCUGCAGUGCAAAACGGCCACCAUGAUGUUGUUAAGUAUUUGGUUGAAAAUGCAGAAAAUCCUGCCGAUACGAGUGUACGAGAUGGCUGUGGCAAAAGCUGCCUUCACUACGCAGCAUGCAUAAGUGGCAGUCGGCAAACUUUGAAUUUGCUGAUUGAAAAAGACCACAGUCUUCUAAAAGAAAAAUCAAACGACGGCAGCACUGUUCUCCAUUAUGCAGCAAGAAGCGAUGAUGUGGACUUGUGUCGAUACUUUAUUGAAGAAGGUGUAGAUCUAGAGGCAGUUGACAAGCAGGGCAUGAAUGCGUUGCAUAUUGCCUGCAUGCGCAACAGACUUCAAAACGUGAAAUAUUUUAUUAGAGUUUAUAAUGAUAAUUCAACUUCUGGCGAUAGUCUUGCUCUUUUUGUGAACAAACGAACAAAUGAUCAAAUGACACCACUUCUCUUGGCUGCCGCACACUCUAACUACCUCGUCUGCGACUUUUUAGUUUCAAAUAAAGCUGACUUAAAUGCUGUUGAUAAAAACGGAAACAAUUCACUCCACUUUGCAGCAUUAGGUGGCAAAUUAGAGAACAUUAAAUACUUUUCGCAAAAGGACUACUUUGGCGCGCCAAAAACUGGAUUUAAAAGCAGGACACUUCUUCAUCAAGCGGCGUUGAAAAAUCACGUAGCCGUUGCGAAAUUCCUCCUUGACAAGGGAGCCGACAUCAACGCUAGAGAUGAUGAUGAGGCUACACCACUGCAUAUCGCAUGUGCCUACGCAAGUGUCGAAAUGUGCCAACUUUUAAUCGCACGAAAUGCUGACCUCCGAGCAUUUUCCCGAAAUAGGAGAACGCACUUGCAUCUUGCAGCAUCUGAAGGGAACCUUCAAGUCGUCCAGCUUUUAUUAGACUUCAAAGUCUUUGAAAUUGACGAAAAAGAUGGGCAUGGGCAAACAGCUUUGCACAGUGCCGCAAGCAAUGGUCACGUGGAUGUUGCAAAAUGUCUCUUGCAAAAUGGGUUUGACAUUAACGCACGCGCCGAUGAUUUGAGAACACCUUUAUCAAUGGGAGCUGAAAACCCUACUAAAGAAAUGUGCAUGCUUUUAUUGGAAAAUGGUGCUGAUCUUUCAUUAAAGUGCUCAAAAGGAAACGGCGCUAUACAUUGGGCUUCGGUAUUUGGCAGACUAGAUAAUGUCUUUUUACUCCUGAUCAAGGACAUUUCCCUCAUUGAAAAUAAGGGUGCAAGGAAAAGAACGCCCAUUCUCAUUGCUGCUGCCAAUGGACACACAAAAGUUGUCGAGUACCUUAUCAAAAAAGGAGCUGCCAUAAAUGUACAGGAUGAGUGCAGAUCAACAGCGCUAACUUUGGCUGCACAUCAUUCAACCCCCGAAAUGUGUAGACUACUGAUCAAUAACAAUGCAGAUGUAAAGAGAAGAGAUAUAGAUGGUGACAACGCCUUGCAUUGCGCUGUUAAAAACGACAAAAUUGAAAAUGUCGAGUUUCUUCUAAGUACAAAAUAUUUUAGGGAAAAGAUCUACCAGAAAAAUAGACUUGGGUCAACAGUUUUUGAUAUCGCUAAAAUUGAGCGCUCUCACGACAUUACAUCAUUUUUGCACUCCUUAGCUCCACCAAGAAAGCGAUGGGGAAUUUUACGCCGUUUGCUCAGAUUCACAUGUUUUUUUAAAAACUGCGGUCAGCGACAUGAUAAGUUUGUUUAACAGAUUUGAUUUAGAUUGUAAAUAUAUUUAAUUCAAAAAUAUGGAGGUAGAUUAAAAAAUUAUUGUUUAAUUUUAUAUCUGCUCACGAUGACGUUCAAAUGUAUGUAUAAAUUUUAUUAUAAAGUUGUAAAUAUUUUACUGUUAGUAACGAAAAGUAUAUAAUUUAGGGCAUUAACGAAAAAAUAAUGUUCUAUCUUUUAAUUUUGUACAUAAGACGUUUUUAUAUGUUUGAAUAAAAGGAU